UUCCCCUAAAGUAAAAUAAGGGUUGCUUAUUCUUAAAUAAUUAUUCUUUCCUGUGAAAUUAGCGUUCCAGUUAAGACACUAAUACUGCCGGGCGAAGUCGUAUAUAAAAGAAGAAACCGCGUCUGAUCUUGUAAAUCCCGUCCACCAUAACGCUCUGUAUCAACUUUACAUCCCAAAAUUUCUAUAGAUGGUAUCAAUCAUGCCCUCAACCCCCGCACCAAACGUGAAGCUGUGCACACCAUCAACAGUUCAAUUUCAUACUUAACCGGACCCAUUCAUUCCCAGACAAUAGCCAGAUCAUAAGACACCCCACUUCCUUGGCACCUUUCACCCACCUCGCCGUUUUCCAUCUUCUCCCUCUUUCAAAGCCGAAAUUGAAGGGACCCAACAACACCCUUUUCCCCAAUCACUUCCUCACUCAAUAAAGACUUCAACUUUGACAACUUGGGUUUUGGAUCAGACCCUUCAAGUUUAUGGCAGACAUAGUGAAGCAACUAUUGGCAAGGCCGAUCCAGUUAGCAGACCAAGUAACCAAAGCAGCUGAAGAGGCUAGUUCCUCGUUCAAGCAAGAAUGUUUGGAGCUCAAAUCAAAGACCGAUAAGCUCGCGGGGCUUCUCCGACAAGCCGCAAGAGCGAGCUCUGACCUCUACGAGCGCCCAACACGACGCAUCAUCGCUGACACCGAACAGGUCCUCGACAAGGCCCUGUCGUUGGUCCUUAAAUGCCGCGCCAACGGCCUCAUGAAGCGCGUGUUCAGCAUCAUCCCAACGGCGGCGUUUCGCAAGAUGUCCUCGCAGCUCGAGAAUUCCAUCGGUGACGUGUCGUGGCUCCUCCGGGUCUCGGCUCCGGCGGAGGAUCGCGGCGACGAGUAUUUGGGCCUUCCCCCUAUUGCCGCAAAUGAGCCCAUUUUGGGCCUCAUUUGGGAGCAGAUUGCCACCCUCCACACUGGCUCUCUGGAUGACCGAUCUGACGCCGCCGCUUCGCUCGUGUCGCUCGCACGUGACAACGAUCGUUACGGGAAUUUGAUCAUUGAGGAAGGUGGGGUUGGACCCUUGUUGAAGUUGAUCAAGGAGGGGAAGAAGGAGGGUCAAGAGAACGCUGCCAGGGCUAUUGGGCUUCUGGGCCGUGACCCUGAGAGCGUGGAGCUCAUGAUUCAUGCUGGUGUGUGCUCUGUGUUCGCCAAAGUCCUCAAAGAAGGUCCCAUGAAAGUCCAAGCUGUGGUUGCCUGGGCUGUGUCCGAGUUGGCCGCAAAGUACCCCAAAUGCCAAGACCUUUUUGCUCAGCAUAACAUCGUUCGCUUGCUUGUAAGUCAUCUAGCGUUUGAAACCGUUCAAGAGCACAGUAAAUAUGCCAUUGUUAGCAACAAACCCACUUCAAUCCACGCGGUUGUGAUGGCUAGUAAUAAUUCUAAUGCUAAUAAUAUGAAGAAGGAGAAUGAAGACGAGGAUAGGCAUAUGCAAAGUCGGAUACAGCAUCCGUUGGGUGAUAGGUCCCCAAAUCAGAUGCAUAAAGUGGUCACAAGUACCAUGGCAAUGCAUGCUGCUGCCAAGCAACAGACCAAUCAAGGAAACGAAGCAUGUCAGAACUCCCAGGGUACUCAGUCCAAAGCCAAUGGGCUUAGUAAUGGUAAGCAAAGUCAUCAAUCACACCAGCAAAGCUAUUCCUAUUCUGGAAUUAACAUGAAGGGAAGGGAACUUGAAGACCCCGAGAAUAAGGCUUACAUGAAAGCAAUGGCAGCAAGAGCCCUCCGGCAGCUAGCAAAGGGUAACUCGGCCAUUUGUCGGAGCAUAACAGAGUCAAGGGCUCUGCUGUGCUUUGCCAUUCUCCUUGAGAAAGGGACUGAAGAUGUGAUGUACAACUCUGCCAUGGCAGUGAAGGAGAUUACAGCAGUGGCAGAAAAAGAUGCAGAAUUGAGAAGAUCAGCAUUCAAGCCCAACUCUCCUGCUUGUAAGGCAGUUGUUGAUCAAGUGCUUAUGAUCAUUGAGAAAGAAGAUACAAAACUCCUAAUUCCUUGCAUAAAGGCUAUUGGGAAUUUGGCAAGGACAUUCCGAGCAACAGAGACAAGGAUAAUUGGUCCCUUGGUCCAGCUUCUUGACGAAAGAGAGGCAGAAGUAUCCAGGGAAGCGGCAAUCUCUCUCACAAAAUUUGCCUCCCCAGAUAACUACCUUCAUCUUGAUCACUCCAAAGCAAUUAUAAGCGCAGGUGGAGCAAAACACUUGGUCCAGCUUGUAUAUCUUGGAGAACAGACAGUUCAGAUUUCAGCUUUAGUCCUGCUCUGCUACACUGCAUUGCAUGUGCCAGAUAGUGAAGAACUUGCUCGGACCGAGGUGCUCGGCGUGCUUGAAUGGGCAUCCAAGCAACCUAACAUGACACAAGACGAAACCCUCGAGGCAUUAUUGCAAGAAUCCAAGAGUAGGCUGGAGCUUUACCAGUCUAGAGGUUCAAGAGGAUUCCAAAAAUUACAUCAAUAGCAUGAGUAAGUAAUUCAUUGUUGUCUUUGAGAUUUUUCAACCAUAAGUAUCUGAUCUAUUGUUAUUGUGAGUGUAUAUACAAUCAAAUGCCUUCUUGAAUUGUUCAGAUGUAUUUUCAACUACAAAGGGAAUUGUUUGCCUAA